AUGGAUAGAAUCCAUACAAACAUACGUCAGCUUCUAGAAAAGAAAACAGAAGUGAAUCUGUCUGGAAUGUAUGAAAAAGCUGCUGAUGUGCUAGGCACCGCAGCUAAAAUGAAGUUAUCUAAUAGCCAAUCUAACCAGUCAUUUAUUUCAUUUCUACUACAUCCAACAAAAGGUAGUGUUAGCGCGAUACCUGAUAUAUUAGACGUAGCAACUAAAUUUUAUAAAGAUUUGUAUUCACCAAAAUCCAAUCAUACAUCAAUAUGGAAUGAUCUUUUUGAAGGUCUUCCUAAAUUAUCUGAUAACGAUCGGGAUGUCAUGGAAGGUGAAAUUACAGCUACUAAAUGUAUGACAGCUUUAAAAGAAAUGAAAAUACGUAAAAGCCCUGGUGAGGAUGGUAUAACGGUUGAAGUAUGGAAAGAGAUCUUCCCUAUAAUAGGAGGUCAUUAUACACAAAUGUUAAAUGUAUCGUUUAAACGUAAUUGUCUUAAAAGUGGCUUUCUUAGAGUCAUUCUAACAUUGUUAAAAAAAGAAGGUUCACCUGAAGGUUCUAUGAAUAUCAGAUUCUAUACAAUAUCGGAAUUCUUAAAUUCGUGGCAGCUCGGGGCAAAGGAGCUACGCGUAGGGUCAUUUUUUUGUUAUACCAAACUUCUGUCCUCUCUCAUAUCCGUUACUCAAGUAUAUUGA